CAUUCAUUUAGUCAUGUCUUUAGUGGCGUACGAAGCGAGUGAUGACGAGUCGAUACAUGAAGACGAUUAUGAAGACAAAAAUACUUCAAAAGUUACGGUCAAUCAAUCAAAUAGUGUUAACUCUUUCAAUGAAGAACUAGUGGAAGACAACCACAAGAUAUCGGGUCUAUUCACUAAACUUCCGGCGCCGAAGACUGUGUCGUCCACUUCAUUACCAAACUCAUCGCUCAGUGAUAUUGUCGUCAAUAAGAAGACAUCUGGAGGUCCCAUAAAAAUCACUGCACCAUCGCUGAAGUAUUACACAGAAGAUAGUGAUUCUGAUGAAGAAAGAAAAGCUAAACGUUUUAAGGGUUCGGCCAAAGGUACAGGUCUUACAUCUCUUCUACCAAAACCUAAAGGUGUAAAUCAAAAGGUCACAAAUACUUCAUUAAUACCACAAUCACUGACACGAUCUAAACGAAAUACCACUCCUUCAGCACCCAAACCAACUCAAACAGCCAUUACUGAGAAAAUGAAUUACUUUUUUGAUGAUAACGAAAAAAGCUAUGAUUUAACUCAUCAUCAGUUAAGUGAUAAAGAUUACGGACCUCAACCUCAACCUCAACCUCAACCACAAUCAAUAAUUAAUGAAACAAAUGAUUACUCGACAUCACAAUCAUCUUCUUUAUCCACUUCCACAACAAGUGGUCAAUCAGUAAACAACGACAUGGCUUACAAGCGAAUGAUAGCUUCUAAGUUUGGUAACGAAGACGCAGCAGAAAAUAUAAAGAUUGUAGACAUUAAUGUAUCGCAACAUUUGAGUCAUUCAAAAGACUGGCUCAAGACUAUAACAGAAGAGAAAGAAGAAGAGUAUACAGGAGUACAGCCGACAUCAACAGCCAAACGAAAACAUCAAAUCACAUAUUUAGCUCUUCAGGCAAAACAACGAGAAGUUGAACUCAAGAAUCAAUGGGCACUAAAUAAGGCCACGAAAUCACAGUCGCGCGCGAAAUACGGCUUUUAAUGAUUCAUAUGAUUGACUUAUUUUGCAUUUACUCUAUUAAUUAAAUCAUUUACUGACAAUCUUUAAUUAAAAUGAGUUAACAGUUAAAAAAAUCUAAUCAUAAAUCAUUAAUAAAUUAUAAAUAAAUUUGAAUUAUUGAGUAAAACAAUGUAAUAACUUUAUAUGUAAAACAUUGAAACUUAGAUUUGCAUUUAAACACACGGAAUGACAGAAUUGCAUUCAUAAUAAUGUAUUCAAUAGGACAUCAAAUGCCAAAUACAAGAUCCAUGUCUUAAGAUUUAAUUGUUUUUCUCAAUUUUCUUAUAUAAUAACUAAAAGUAAUGUAUUUUAUACUAUAAAAUGUCUAUAUCGGGAUCGGACUG